AUGGUGGCGAUCAGCAUCAUCACGAUCAGCAAGGAGCUGAUGCUCGCCUGUCGACAGCUGGGCCACGUGGUCUCGGAGGCCUUGGCCGCGCUGGUGGCCGCCACAGUGAUGAACACAGGUUCCGGCGGUGGGUUUUUCUCCGAGAAGCCCAUCGAUGAGAACGAUGCCAAGACGGUGGUUGAAGAAGCCGCCAAGAAGAUCCUCUCCAAGGAGAGACCUGGGAUCUCCACCCUACGGCUGCAGGCCGACUAUGAGGUGGCCUUUCAGGACCUGGAGAAGGCCAAUCAGAAGCACCUGUCCGACGCCAAGGCUGCGGAAGAGAAGACCUUGGCCUGGAUCUCCAAGUUCACUGCGAAGUUCGAUGAGGACUUCGAUACCUUGACCAGCCUCUACAAGAAGAUCUACCACUUCCUGCUUUUGAGGUGUACCAGCCCAACAGGGGAGGCUAAGCCGCCAAAAGACAUGGCGGUCGAGCGGGAGGUGGCAGCGGCUCUGGAGUCCGUCUUUCCCCGCGUUGGGCUCCGGUCCUUCGUGGCGCUCACGGGCGCGGAAAAGGCGGCGCAGCUCCAGGAGCUCACGGGCAUAGUCCUGGGCAUCCGACUCUUCAACAUGCACCAGCACAAGGGGGGAGCUGGCUUGCCUUCGGUGGAUGUCAAGCUGGACAGUGAUGAGUUGCUGGAGAUGCUCACCCGAGAGUCCGAGGAGGUCACAGAGAUCUGCCAGGACUUCUCAGAUCUUCUAGUGGCCUCUUCCAGUGCCAUGCGCGCCAAACAGCUGGAAAGCUUAGUCGAUGACAAGGAGGUCCAACGAUCUCAACGGGACCUCCUUUACCACCGACAGUACUUGUGCUACCUCUUGAACCUUCAAGAGGACGUGGCAUCGAGCUUGGAGAAGCUGCGGAAGGGACAGGCGCAGCUCAAGGAGGAGCUCUUGGACUUGGAAGCCUUGGUGGGUGGCCGCGUCUCAGUUCCCAAGGAGCAGGUCUAUCCGCGUUUCGACGCCCUAGCCCGGUGCUAUCGGUCAGCCUGGAAAGAGGUGCAGACCUUGGAGUCGAGGGCCAAGUUGCACAGUGUUCUGCGAGAGCUACGACAACGCUAUUGGCCUCAGAUCUCCGCCAACGGGAAGGUGGCACUGCAGAAGGCGGACCUCCGGGGAAGCUUCUUCGACGAGAACCGCGAGGAUCCAGUGGACUUGGAUUCCAUCCCGGGACCUGAUGCAGCUCAGGAUCCCACCGUGGCAGUGAGACUCACAGUGGAAAACUACGAGAGUUUCUUGAAUUUGCCGUUGGAUUUCCAAGGGUUUUGUGUGCAGAGCCUGGUCGCGCGGAAGGGUUUGCUCGUGCCUGGCAAUCCAGCUCUGGGCGUUGUGAGGUAUGCUGGAAGAUACUGUGUAUUCUCUUCAGAGCGCGCCAUGGCGGAGUUCUGCACCGAGCCCGACCGCUGCUUCGGCAGCAUCCGCGAGGCCUGCUAUCGACAACCUGAGCUGAUCCACCUCCUGCGCGUGCACGAGGACUUCCCUCGCUCCUCUUUGCAAGCGAUCUUGGAGAUGAUGUCUGGUCAGGAGUCGGUGAUGUUGGCGGAUGUGGCCUGUGAGACCCCCUUGCACUUUCAGGAGCAAGCCGUCUGGAGACGUACCGUAGCGGGCUUUCCAGAGCAAAAACCGGUGCGCUUCAAGGGCGGCCCCAUGGUGCGGGAGGCGACGGCGCCACGGGGCGAGGAGCAGGCCUUCUUAGCCAAAGAGGGAUCCUCGCUACAGCUUCCUCAAGUGCUGUCGGAAGUGAUCAAAUCGCUGGAAUGGCUGCAGUUGUUUCUGAGUGUGACUGCUGCCAUCUACCCUUGGAUUUUGCCACUGUUGCAACAGGCCUCUUGGGCUCACACCUGCGUGACUCAGACCCACGAUGGAGAAGUCUAUGCAUAUCCCCACUGCAUCUACUACGUCGAGUGGGCCUGGCUCCGGAAGAUCUUGGAGUUCCUCCAUCUCCACGUCUGGGUGGAGAGCGGCGUCAGCGUCUCGGACUACAUCGCCAACGCCCAGGCGACGGGCGGAAUGGGCACUGUGAACUUCUGGCCAUGUAUGCACUUGUUCCUUCCCAGCCGGUGGGUGAAUAGCUGGGCGGCCUAUGUAUCGCUCAUGGUUUUUGAGGUCUUCUUCGGCCUCUUCUUGAUGAACCCCGUGACACGCGGCUUUUGUACGCACUCUUUUGUGGUCUCCAUCUUUUGCCAAGCCGGCAUUGCCCACAUGACAGUGAUGCUCGGGCAAUUGGAUCAUUUGGAGCCGUGGAGGCAGAGGCUCUGCCGGAUCUGUGCCUAUGGUGCCAACAUCGGUUUACUGGGAGUGAUCGUCACUGGGGUCACUUGCCUGUUCACCAAUUGGCUUGGUACGAACAUGCCUUUCUUGUUUUGGACCUGCGAGUCCCUGGGUCUUAGCUCGAUGUCGCUCUUCGCCCUCUUUUGGAAGAGCAAUGUGACGUCUUCGACCGCGUGA